AGAAGAAGGCGGGACACACUUUGUACGGGGUCUUGAAGGCGCAUGGCGCGUUUGGAGUUUACGUCGUUUUGAGGAAACCACAACGCUGGAGUGUCGCGUGAUACAGAUGCUAAAAUAAUUUUUAAUCGCUGUUAUAAUGACAUAUUUGAAGGCAUUCGAACGGACUCUACACUAGCUAGGCUCUGAGUCUGAAACGUUCGUAGGAAGAUUUGUCCGGCAGCGAUGUCCCCGCCGGCUGCGUCCGAUUCCGAGCAGUCAGCCGCCGUGGUCGUGCCUGCUGCUCCAUCCUCCGCCAGUCGGCCCUUCGGCAGCUGCUGGGGCUGCCGGGUCCUGUCCGGCGGCGGGCUCAUCCUCUCGGGCGGGUACGUGUUCCACGCGGCCCGGCGGGUGAUGCGCCAGGGCGGCCCGACCUCCAUGGGUACGGUGGCCCAGAUCGUCUUCGCCGCAGUUUUGGCUUCCUGGGGGAUUGUGCUGAUUACUGACCCGGUUGGGAAGUCAAGCAAGAAGACAUGAAGAGCUCCAGCUUCAACUUCCAGUCUUCUCACAGUGUCCCUUAACAUGUGACCCCUCUUUUUUGGUUCACUUUCAGGGAUAAAUGCAGGUCUUUCAGUGUCUUGACCUGUAACUUUAACCACAUUGUUACACUGCACUAAAAUAAAUGUGUUCUCUUGAU